AUGUCGGGUGACGCUAAUAAAAAGCAGUUCUGGAAAAGAAACGCGGCGAAGGUUCCCGGCAGCAUUCAGCAUGUGUAUGGCGCACAACAUCCACCUUUUGACCCACUUCUUCACGCUAACUUGAUUAAAGCUGGCCAGAAGCCAUCUCCCGCCACGCCGGGUAAGCCCAAGAAGGCCACCACGUUCCAAGAGUUCGAGAGCAUCACGAGCGACGCCUGGGACGUCGGGGACGAUGACGACGAGCUGCUAGCCAUGGCGGCGCAGAACCUCAACAUCGAGGUCGUCAUGGAGACCGCCAAUAAGGUGAUUGAGAAUCACAGCAAGUUGAAGGAGAGGCAAAAGAAGGAUGACCCCGCCGAUGAUGAAACACAAGAGGAGGCGGCGGAUGACGAGGACGACGAGGAGGAAGAUGAGGAAGGAGACUUAACCAGUCCGGAAUAUUCCUCGACUUUCCAGGGAAGUCUAGACACUGAAGGUCGCCUGGUGAAAUCCCAAAGCGAAGCUCCCAUCGGAUCGCCGAAAGAUGGUGCAGGUGACCACGGAUCCCUGUACAGACAGCGAUCUCUCCCGCACCGGCCUGUCAUCCCGCUGGUGGCGCGCAUGGCCGACCAGAACACAUCGGGAACACCGGCCAUGACAGAAAGGGAGGCGUCACGCUUGGAUAAGUUCAAGCAGUUGUUAUCGGGCCCCAACACAGAUCUGGAAGAGCUUCGGAAACUCAGCUGGUCUGGAAUCCCGCGACAAGUUCGACCAAUCACGUGGAAGCUGCUUUCGGGUUACCUGCCCGCCAAUGCCGAGAGGCGGGAGAACGUCCUUCAGAGGAAGAGACAGGAGUAUUUCGGCUUUAUCCAGCAAUACUACGACUCACGCAAUGACGAACACCAUCAAGACACGUACAGACAGAUUCAAAUAGACAUUCCUAGGAUGAGUCCUGAGUCUUUGGUGCUUCAGCCAAAAGUGACAGAGAUUCACAUUGACAUACCGAGAACUAAUCCUCUUAUUCCUCUCUUUCAACAAGCUUCUGUGCAAGAGAUAUUUGAACGGAUUCUCUUCAUUUGGGCCAUCCGCCACCCGGCCAGCGGCUACGUGCAAGGCAUCAACGACCUGGUCACGCCCUUUUUUGUGGUCUACGUCUUCGAGUAUAUCGAGGAAGAAGUGGAAAACUUUGACGUGUCCAGUCUUCAGGAAGAGGCUCUGAGGAACAUUGAGGCUGACAGCUUCUGGUGCAUGAGCAAACUGCUGGACGGCAUCCAGGACAACUACACGUUUGCACAGCCAGGAAUCCAGCGGAAGGUCAAGGCGCUGGAGGAGCUGGUUAGCAGGAUUGACGAGUCAGUGCAUCACCACAUGCAGCAUUACGAAGUGGAAUACUUGCAGUUUGCCUUUCGCUGGAUGAACAACCUUUUGAUGCGCGAGUUGCCGCUCCGGUGCACUAUUAGACUGUGGGACACUUACCAGGCUGAACCUGAGGGUUUUUCCCAUUUCCAUCUCUACGUCUGCGCAGCCUUCCUGGUGAGGUGGAGGAAAGAAAUUCUAGAGGAGCGAGACUUUCAGGGCCUGAUGAUCCUCCUGCAAAACCUUCCCACCAUGCACUGGGGCAACGAGGAAGUCAGCGUACUUCUGGCCGAAGCCUACCGGUUAAAGUUUGCAUUCGCCGACGCCCCCAACCACUACAAAAGAUGA